GCGUACAUAAUACGAAAGUUAGUUGCUCCACGAAAUAAAACCGAACGUAUGAAUGAAAAUAAUCAAAAAACUGAAGCAAGUGCAAGGAAUAUUAAUUGACUAAAGAUGAAUGACACACGUAACGGAAAGAAAGACAGAAAACAACAUAUACAAGUUUUCGUUCGUGUCAGACCGGUAAAUAAUGCCGAAAGGGCUGGGAAGUCGAUAACAGUGGUAGACACCCCGUCUAACAGAGAAGUGGUUGUUCGCGAAAGGCCAUGCGAUAAACUUACAAAGAAAUUCACCUUUGACAGAGUAUUUGGAUCAUUUUCAAAACAGAUUGAAGUAUAUAAUGCUGUCGCUUGUCCCUUGGUGGAAGAAGUUUUGGCUGGAUAUAAUUGUACAGUGUUUGCCUAUGGUCAAACUAGUACUGGGAAAACAUUUACUAUGGAAGGUCUUGAUAAUGAUCCAUCAUUACAUUGGCAAGCAGAUACCAAUGCUGGGAUUAUACCACGUUCUUUAAGCCACCUUUUUGAUGAAUUACGUAUAAUAGGGGUACAAGAUUACUCUGUAAGAGUUAGCUUUUUGGAACUGUAUAACGAGGAAGUAUAUGAUUUAUUGUCUUCUAGCAAUGAAGCUGCAAAGAUAAGGAUAUAUGAAGAUACAACUAAAAAAGGUGCAGUAAUAGUGCAUGGUUUAGAAGAAGUGACCAUAUACAAUAAAAAGGAUGUAUUCAAAAUCCUUCAGAAAGGAUCAGAGAAACGGCAGACAGCAGCUACAUUAAUGAAUGCAAACUCAAGUCGGUCUCAUACAAUAUUUUCUAUCACUGUUCAUAUAAAGGAGAAUACUAUUGAUGGGGAAGAACUGUUAAAAACAGGAAAGCUAAAUCUAGUUGAUCUAGCGGGUAGUGAAAAUAUUGGAAGAUCUGGAGCCAUUGAUAAAAGAGCCAGGGAAGCAGGCAGUAUUAAUCAAUCCUUGUUAACUUUAGGUAGGGUCAUAACAGCGCUCGUAGAAAAAACUCCACAUAUUCCCUAUCGAGAAUCAAAGUUAACACGAUUGCUUCAAGAAUCACUGGGUGGUCGCACGAGAACAUCAAUAAUUGCUACAGUAUCACCUGCUAGCAUUAAUCUUGAAGAAACAUUGUCCACCUUGGACUAUGCACAUCGAGCAAAGAAUAUUACGAAUCGGCCAGAAAUUAACCAGAAAUUCUCAAAAAAAGCAUUACUUCAAGAGUAUGCAGAAGAAAUUGAAAAGUUGAAAAAAGAUUUGUUAGCAACUCGCGAACGAAAUGGCGUGUACUUAGCCCAAGACAAUUACAAUGAAAUGCAAUCGUUAAUAGAUUUUCAGAACAAAGAAAUAGAAGAAAAAUUGAAUCAUAUUAAAGCACUUGAAGACACUGUACACUAUAAAGAGCAAAUAUUUAACCAAUUAAAAUCGAAAACUUCUGAACAAGCAAAUGAACUGGUAAAUAUAAAAGGUCAACUGGAAACUACAACAUACACAUUAAUGGGUGCACAAUCACGUUUGGCAAUCUCGGAACAAGAAAAGGAUGAGCAGAAGUAUCUGGUGGAAAAGCAUGCUUCUACUGAAAGUGUUCUUCUGUCACAAGUACAAUCAGUUUUAGAUGUCGUUGAUACAGCAACUACAGAUGUACAUAAACUUCAUGACAAGAUUUAUCGGAAAAUGCAAAUAGGGCAACAAAACAGUUCCCUUGGACAACAAAUUAAAAACAAUCUUAAAGAACGAUGCAGGAAGAUCGAAGGAAAUUGUUCAAGUCAUGCGGAUACAAUGACACAGUUCUACACAUCUUUGAAUGAGUAUAUUAAUGCGCAAACCCUUUCACUUAGUGAGCGUAUUGAUAAAAGUAUUCAAGAUAUUUCCGAUCAAUUUGUUAAUAAAACGAAAAAUACAACUGAUACACUGACGAAGAAUAUGAAGAAUUCUCAUUUAAGGUAUCAAGAAUGGAUUGAGAAAGAAGGCGAGAACGUUUGUACUAUGGCUGCGCAGACGUAUAAUAUAGUAAACAAUGUUUGUUCCUAUACCACGCAGGAAAUACAACAACUAAUAGACAAUAAAAUAGGUCAAAACUUAAAAGAUUUGAAUGAUGAUAUUUCUCAGAAAAUUGAUAAUUUGAUGGAAACUGCGAAAAGCUUGAUAUUUUCAAUCUCGAACUAUUCGAUUAAAGAGCACGAUCGUUUACAUAAUAAUAUUCAGGGUAUCAGAAGCGAUAUUGAAGACAUUCGGCAAAGCCAAACUAGUAUUAUGGAAAGACGGUGUAACUUCGCAAGGAUGAUGGAAAAUUUACAACAUAGUUUCAAUGAGGUACAGCAAGAACAUCAGGAGACACAUUCAUCGAUAUGUGGCACAUUAAACAGUAUUAAAGAAACUUGUAAUAUUAUAAAUAAUGAAACUUUAAACGUCAAUGAAAUAAAGGCAGAGAAAGAGAACAAUAUAGAAGAAAAACUUCAACAUGAUUUAGAAACAAUGAAAUGCGUUAUCUCAGAGGAAACAGAAAAGCUGCAGAUAAUGUCAGAGAAUUCAGUUGUCCGAGGUAAAGCAUUCAUCAGUGAGUUUGAAACAAAGUUAAACAAUAAUUGUAGCACAUUAAUAAAUUACAAAAAUUGCGUGGAACGUAAUCUGUGGGAAAUGCAGCGGAAAAUGAAGGAAGAUCAAAGUCUUAUUUUAUCAUUAAUUAACGAUGUAUAUACGACAGUUUAUAACAUAGGCAACGAACGUUCAAGAUCCUUAAAUAGUUGGAAAACAGCAUUUACAAAUGCUUGCAUAGAAAUGAGUCAGAAACUUGAAACUGAAAAUCUGAAUACCAGUACUACAAACAGCAGGAUUAUUGCAGAGAUGCAUGCCAUACGCAAUCGAGUUGAUAAAUUCUUUGUCGAAGAUUUAUAUCGUGAUGUUCCGACAGGCUUAACACCUGCGAGAAAAACCUUUCAAUACACGAAAAAACUACCUAAGACGUCUCCGCCGGAUCGAAUACUUAAUAGGUACAGAGAAGCACUCAAGGAACUGAAUAGCGAAGAAAAUGAAGAAGUAUUUUUUGGUAUACUACAUAGUAAUUUCCAUUAA